CAUGUCAACCGUUUAACAAGUUUGACAUUUUUAUUCGCGAUCAUUAUCACCGACUUAAAACGUCGCCACUUAUGCCGCGAGCGCAUUGAGACUUACACAAACGGUCUUUGUUUGCCUUUUCUUAGGCUCCUGAAAUUACUCCUUCAUUUCAAAAUACGAAAACAUUCAGAGCUCAUUAAAUCAAGACGUCUUGCAGGAAGUAUGGAUGAGAAGACACGCACAAACCCUUUCUCUAUUUCAAAUAUUUUAAGCUCACACAGCUCAAGAGGUAAUGAAAAAAGAGAAUUUACCACUACGAGCGAAAAUGAGCGAGAUAAGGACAAGGCUGAAGUAGCAGACGAAAAGGGUACCGUUGGAAGUAGUUAUCCUCUCGGGGAAAUCCAUUCGGACCGUAAAACUCCAACUCAUGUAGACAUUUACGACUGGGAAACAGAAUCUACUGGACGAAGCCCCGAUAAAUCUCUCACAGACUUUGAUCGAAACUCAGAGAAGGAUCUUCAGCUUCACGACGAUAAAAAGGACGAUAGUAAAAAAAGAAGGAAAAAGAAAACAAGAACAGUGUUCUCGCGAAGUCAAGUCUAUCAGCUCGAGUCAACAUUUGACAUGAAGAGAUAUCUGUCGUCUUCAGAGCGAGCUGGUCUAGCGGCACAAUUACAUCUCACGGAAACACAGGUAAAGAUAUGGUUUCAAAACAGAAGAAAUAAGUGGAAAAGACAAAUUGCUGCAGAAAUGGAAGCUGCGACGUUAGCGCAAGCAAACCAGCAUCGAAUGGUUCGAGUACCUAUACUGUACCACGACCAAAGCCGUUCAGAGCAUCCACAUACACCUUAUCCAUUCUAUCAUCACCCAUACGCUAGCAUGCAAUAUGCUCCAAGUUUUCCGCAUCUAUUUGCACACCCAUUACGGCCGUCUAUGAGUUCGCUCGUAUAGGAAGAACUAUGGAAUUCUUCAAAAACUCUAAAGAUAUAGCUUGUUUGGUAAGCUUGUUGCACGAAAGCCAGCCAGGUGGUGGCAUGGACUGCAUCACGACAGUUGAAUCAGAGAUAUUACUGGUGGUGCUUUGAAUCACUAUGGACCCAUGACCGCAAAGUCGUACUCUCAAAGAAGUAAGACCAAAAACCUGUGAAAAAAACUAAAUUGAAACUCUUUCCAAAUGAGAGGAAAUCAAGCUUGCAAAACAAGCUUUAUUAGUGUAGAUAAGACAAAUCAUCUUUGAAAAUGAGUACUAUUGUACAUAGAAAUAUUUGGGACCGAUUUUAUUUGCUGCUGAUUACAGGAAAUACAUCACUUCACUAAGUCGUUCACGGACUCAGUCCAACUGUACAAAUCUGUGGGUUUAAGAUAUUUGAUAAUGUUAAGAAUGUCGUAGAACUCUUGGUGUGUUUACUGACCAUAUUUACACCUAUUUAUUUAGUACAAAAUUGAUUGGGUCAAAAGGGGUUGUUCUGUUCAUGCUUGCUCGAAUUAUCUUGAUCUCUUCUCUCUGCACUCCAAGUUUAUCGUUAAUUCUAGAGAGCUAAUAGUUUUGUUUGGAGUUUGAUUACGAAAAUGUCAUGCCGAUUUCUGUCUCACCAAGAAAUACUUAUAAUUAUUACGACCCCACAUGGUAUCCUUGCUCGUUUUGUCCUCUAUUUUCCUUUUAUCAAACCAAGUAGUAAUGUUUAUAUACAAAGACAAUAAAGAAUAUUUCUGGACAAGCGGCACUGAAGAAUCAAUACUUGAAGUGAACUCUAAAGAAAAUCAAUUUGAAAGUCUAUGCAGUUGACACUCUGAAGGAUUUAGCUAUCACUAGGAUUGAUUUUUAGGAGAGAAAGUGUACAUAUAAAUGAUUCAAAUAAGUCGUGCUUUUGACGAAUAAAAGACUUUGAACUUGGA